UCUGACAGAAUGGACAGCAGAGAUCUGACAAUAGACGUGAUCAUCUUAACACAGACUGUGGUUGGAAUCCUGGGAAAUUUGUCACUUCUUUGCCAUUACGUCACCCUUUACUUCACUGGGUACAGGUUAAGGUCCACAGAUUUGAUUCUUAAGCACCUGAUUGUAGCCAACUCCUUAGCCCUCCUCUGUAAAGGCGUCCCCCACACAAUGGCAGCAUUUGGGUGGAAACAUUUCCCCAGUGAAUUUGGAUGCAAACUUCUUUUCUUUCUUCACAGAGUUGGGAGGGGAGUGUCCAUUGGUAGCAUCUGCCUCUUGAGUGUCUUUCAAGUGGUCACAAUCAGUCCCAGGAACUCGAGGUGGGCAGAGCUUAAAGUAAAAGCUCCCAAGUACAUUGUUCCCUCUAUUCUCCUGUGUUGGUUCCUGCAAAUGUUGGUAAAUAUCAUUUUUCCUGUCUGCAUACAUGGUAAAUGGAGCAACAAAAACAUCACAGACAACAGGGAUUUUGGAUACUGUUCUUCCAUUCGUCAUCACAAAACCAGUAAUGUGUUAUUUGCAGCAUUGCUUUUGUUCCCUGAUGUCUCAUGUUUGGGGCUUAUGCUCUGGGCCAGUGGCUCUAUGAUUUUUAUCCUGCACAGGCACAAACAGAGGGUGCAACACAUUCGGAGGACCAAUGCCUCCCCCAGCGGCUCCCCUGAGUCCAGAGCUACUAAAACCAUUCUUCUCCUGGUGAGCACCUUUGUUUACUUUUACACUCUUUCUUCCAUCUUUCAGGUUGUUUUGUCUCUUUUUGAGAAUCCCAGCAGGUUCAUUGUGAACAUCACUGUAAUCAUGGUUGCAUGUUUCCCAGCUCUAAGCCCCUUUGUGCUCAUGAGCCGUGACUCUACUGUACACAGCCUCUACUUUGCUUGGAUAAAGAAUACAAAAUCCCCUAUUAUGAUGAGAAAUAUGUAA